AUGAAGGAUGGGGCCGGCGGGCUGCGGCCGCCCGUCAGGCUCGUCGCGCCGGCCGAUGAAGCAUUGGCUAACUCGUCCGACGUCUCGGCCGUCGCAGGCUACGAUUCGACUCGAUAUCAGGACCCGUCCUACGAGCAGUACCCGGCACCGUCAUAUCCCUCGCAGCAGACGGACAAAUUCGCCCAGCUGAACCAGCAGUCGUUCGCCUCCAACAAUGCCGUCGCCCAAUACGUGCCGGCGGGGCCGACGUUGCUCUCGUGCCAACCGACGUCGGGCGUCUUCGGCACCAAGGUCUUCCUCCGGCUCGCCUCGCAGUACGACUUAUUCUCCAUGUCGUCGCCGAUGCCGUACUUCUCCCUCUCCUUUGGAUCGGAGAAGUGUCCCGUCGAGGACGUGGCCCGCGAGACGCACGACGGCACGGGCUUCGUCUACUCGUGCAGCGCCGACGCGCCGCAGCCGCUGGUCGCGGGAUGCGGCGGCCACGGCGUGCCCCUGUCGCUCGUCAUCGAGGGACCCUCGGGCGAGGAAAUUUCCCGCACCGACGCCGGCUCGUUUCAAUACCUCGAAGGACCCGGGGACGCCCUUGCGCGGACGGGCAAGAUGAUGGCUAAGCACGACGCUGCCGCCGCCACGGCCGCCGGACCGCAGGACCAUGAGCCGAGCGUCUCGCCCAAGACGGCCGACGCCCCGAUGGCGCCCGAGCCGGCCGCGAGCGGCGGCUACGACUACUCGCCGCCGCAGGGCCAGUACGCCAACGACUUCCCGCAGGGCGGCGGCGACAUGAUGUCGAGCUAUCGGAGCGCAAACUUCACCACCGACCCUCACUACCACCACCGACGGUCGACGCCGGCCUGGAGCGGCUACGGCGGUCCCCUCGGCAGCACGGGAAGGUCGACGCCGCUCGACCACGGGCGGCCGAGCUUAACGCCACUACCCAUGGCGACGGCGCCGGCGCCGGCGAGCGGCGGCGCCCCGCAGCUUAUCCGCACGAGCACAAUCGCCAACGGGACCGCCUCCAGCGGCCCCUACCACUCCAUGUCGCUCUACUCGAGCAAGGCCGUCCUCAAGAUCCACGGCAAGCUCGACUCGAUGGCUGAGAACUGGACGCAGGAGGAGUGGGACAACCGCCGGCGCAUCGUCGUCUUCCGCAAGACGCAGACAGGCUCGACGCUCUCGACGACGUUCGGCGCCGUCUCGGUCAACGAGCGGCCGCCCAACAGCAUCUGCGUCUCGUGCAUCUGGUGGGCCGAGAAGUCAGAGUGCUACGUGACGUCGGUCGACACGAUCCACCUCCUCGAGCAGCUCGUGGCGGCGCCGAACCGCUUCAGCGUCGAGGAGAAGAACCGGAUCCGCCGAAACCUCGAGGGCUUCCGGCCCAUGACGGUGUCCAAGGCGAAGCCGGACAGCGAGGAAUUCUUCAAGAUCAUCAUGGGCUUCCCGAACCCCAAGCCGCGCAACAUCGAGAAGGACGUCAAGGUCUUCCCCUGGAAGAUCCUCGAGCCGGCGCUCAAGAAGAUCAUCGGCAAGUACAGCGCCAGCCCGAGCAGCACCCUGCCGCCGACGAGCAUGAUGACGCCCGUGAGCGCCGCGCCGUACGCACCGCUGCCGACGCCGCCCGGCCAGGGCAUGGCGUCGCAGCAGAGCCUCCCGCCCCAUCACGGCGACGCCCAGGGCCAGUACGCCGUCCACGGCGGCCACCACGAUUCCAUCCCUUCGCCGAGGUCGCUUUCCGGCUCGCAGGCGUCCUGGACCCCGUACACGACGACGGCGGGCUACUCGACGUCGGCCGCGCGCACCAUGAGCCCGAACAUGCGCAACGCCAGCCCCCAGCAGCACCCGCCGCCGCCGAUGCGCAUCAACACGAAUGCGUUGCCGGCCGUGAGUACCUACGACGCGAGGGCCGUGUCCGGCGGCACCUACGGCACCGGCGGUCUGCACACGCCCAUCAGCCAUCACCCGUCGUCGGCCGCGACGCCGCCCCGAUGGGACGCCACCUCGGCGAGUUAUCCCGACGGCUACCCUGGCCUCUCAGCCCACCAUGCGCAAGCGGGCGCGCCGGUCUAUGGCGCUAACGCCUACGGGGACGGUGCGCCGCGCGCUUGA